AUGGAGCCUAGUGACGCGGCGCGCUCUGGCCCGCGGCGGGCGUUCGGGGCGCUGCUGCCUAGGUUGCUGCUGCUGCUGCUGCCGCUGUUACUGGGUCGGGGGCUGCGUGCCACGGCCUCGGCCUCCUCUGGGGCGGUGGCCGAGGACAGCAGCGCCAUGGAGGAGCUCGCAACCGAAAAGGAGGCGGAGGAGAGCCACCGGCAAGACAGCGUGAGCUUGCUCACCUUCAUCUUGCUGCUCACGCUCACCAUCCUCACCAUCUGGCUCUUCAAGCACCGCCGGGUGCGCUUCCUGCAUGAGACCGGGCUGGCCAUGAUCUAUGGACUCAUCGUUGGGGUGAUUCUGAGGUAUGGCACCCCUGCCACCAGUGGCCAUGACAAGUCCCUCAGUUGCACUCAGGAAGACAGGGCUUUCAGCACCUUAUUAGUGAAUGUCAGUGGGAAGUUCUUCGAAUACACCCUGAAAGGAGAAAUCAGCCCUGGCAAGCUUAACAGCGUAGAGCAGAAUGACAUGCUGAGGAAGGUAACAUUUGAUCCAGAAGUGUUUUUCAAUAUUCUGCUGCCUCCAAUAAUUUUCCAUGCUGGAUACAGUUUAAAGAAGAGACACUUUUUCAGAAAUCUUGGGUCUAUUCUGUCCUAUGCCUUCUUGGGGACUGCUGUUUCCUGCUUCAUUAUUGGAAAUCUCAUGUAUGGUGUGGUGAAGCUCAUGAAGAUUGUGGGUCAGCUUUCGGAUAAAUUCUACUACACGGAUUGUCUCUUUUUUGGAGCAAUUAUCUCUGCCACUGACCCAGUGACUGUACUGGCGAUAUUUAAUGAAUUGCAUGCAGACGUGGACCUUUAUGCACUUCUGUUUGGAGAAAGUGUCCUUAAUGAUGCUGUUGCCAUUGUACUGUCCUCGUCUAUUGUUGCCUACCAGCCAGCGGGACUGAACACUCAUGCCUUUGAUGCUGCUGCCUUUUUUAAGUCAGUUGGAAUUUUUCUAGGUAUAUUUAGUGGCUCUUUUACCAUGGGAGCUGUGACCGGUGUUGUGACUGCUCUAGUGACCAAGUUUACCAAGCUGCAUUGCUUCCCCCUGCUGGAGACAGCACUCUUCUUCCUGAUGUCCUGGAGCACAUUUCUCUUGGCAGAAGCCUGUGGAUUUACAGGUGUUGUAGCUGUUCUUUUCUGUGGAAUCACACAAGCUCAUUACACCUACAACAAUCUGUCAGUGGAAUCAAGAAGUCGAACCAAGCAGCUUUUUGAGGUGUUGCACUUCCUGGCAGAGAACUUCAUCUUCUCCUACAUGGGCUUGGCACUGUUUACUUUCCAGAAGCACGUUUUCAGCCCCAUUUUCAUCAUUGGAGCUUUUGUUGCCAUCUUCCUGGGCAGAGCUGCACAUAUCUACCCACUCUCCUUCUUCCUCAAUUUGGGCAGAAGGCAUAAGAUUGGCUGGAAUUUUCAACACAUGAUGAUGUUUUCAGGCCUCAGGGGAGCAAUGGCGUUUGCGUUGGCCAUCCGAGACACCGCCUCCUAUGCUCGCCAGAUGAUGUUCACAACCACCCUUCUCAUUGUCUUCUUCACAGUCUGGAUCGUUGGUGGAGGCACAACACCCAUGCUGUCAUGGCUUAAUAUAAGAGUUGCCGUGGAGGAGCCAUCUGAAGAGGAUCAAGAUGAGCAUCGCUGGCAGUACUUCAGAGUUGGAGUUGACCCAGAUCAAGACCCACCACCCAACAAUGACAGCUUUCAAGUCUUACAAGGGGACGGCCCAGAUAAUGCCAGAGGGAACCGAACAAAGCAAGAGAGUGCAUGGAUAUUCAGGCUGUGGUACAGCUUCGACCACAAUUACUUGAAGCCCACCCUCACACACAGUGGGCCCCCGUUAACCACCACUCUUCCAGCUUGGUGUGGCUUGCUGGCUCGAUGUCUGACCAGUCCUCAGGUGUACGAUAACCAAGAGCCGCUGCGAGAGGAAGACUCCGAUUUCAUCCUGACAGAGGGUGACCUCACCCUGACCUAUGGGGACAGCACAGUGACUGCUAAUGGCUCCUCAGGCUCCCACACAGCCUCCACAAGCCUUGAGGGCGGCCGGAGAACAAAGAGUAGCUCUGAGGAAAUGCUGGAACGAGACCUGGGAAUGGAGGACCAGAAUGUUUCAAGCCGGGGCACGCGCCUGGUGUUUCCUCUGGAGGAUAAUGCAUGACUUUUCCCCCAGGCCUUGAAAGUGAUGGGGUAGGCCCACUGGUGGGUUGGGGAUGGCCACAGGCCCCAGUGUUAUUUGAGGUGGGGUAUUGACAGAACUGAACUAAUGCUUCUAUUUUAUUGGGGUCUGAAGGUAUCUUAACACUUAAAAUUAAACCCAAGAUGCAAAUGGCGGGGCUAAAGCGUUUCUAAAUCAAGACAAAUGCAGACCUAUUCCCACUUUUUCACAUAGUAGUACGCUAUUUCAGAGUUAAACAAA